AUGCGCCGCUCCUUGAUAUUGUUUGUCCUCCACCUUGUAGUCGCAGCCGCCACAAAUGGAACCAACCCAACCAACGUGUCUAAUGCGACCGCCUCAGGCCGCCGUCAGGGCUGGGUCAGUCAGCCUGAUGGCCGAGGCACCUUCGACAUCCUGUGGUCGUCACUCUUCACCAUCUUCCUCUGCACAUGGACCUCGCUGCACCUCAAUGUUCCAGCCCCCAAGGAGAAGUAUUGGCAGCAAUGCAGGCGCAAAUUCAGGUGGAUGCUACAAGCCAUCAUGGGUCCCGAGUUUGUCGUUGCCUUCGCCACUGGUCAGAAAGCGGAGGCUCGACGGUCCGUGGAGCUCUGGCACGGGCAUGGUUAUACAAAGUGGACACUACGCCACGGCUUCUACGCCAACAUGGGUGGCUUCAUCAUCAGGCCGCGCGAUAGCAAACCAUUCCCGGUGAAUGCGCGGCAAUUGCAUUACUUGGUCACCCGCAAUUACAUACCGUAUCCAGACAUCACGGAAAAGCAGGUUUGGGACAAGAGUAAACAGGAUGGCUUUCAGAAGACACUCACGCUGCUCCAGACUGGCUGGUUCGUGAUUCAGUGUCUGGGCCGCGCAAUCCAACACCUACCGGUCACCACGCUCGAGCUGACCACGUUUUCUUUCGUCUUUUGCACCUUUGCAUCUUACUACCAGUGGUCGAACAAGCCCUUGGAUGUUGAGGCACCUACCGAACUUGAUUGCGAGGCCUCGACGGAAACAAUCCUGAGAGAGGCUGGAUCAAUGCCUGAUGCCCACAAACCCUACCGCCAGACCCCGUUGGACUUUGUGGACAACCUGUCGCCGUCCUGGCUGACCGAGAUUCAACCACACCUAUAUUUCCGUACAGGACCACGCGAGAGGCCGUUGCCCCGAUUUACCAACGACCGUAUCCCCGUCAUAGGUGCGUCACCGGAUGCUGUCCUCUUGUUCAUCAUUAUGCUCGCCUACUGCUGUUUGCACUUCAUAGCCUGGAAUUUCAGCUUUCCAACCAAGACCGAGCGCACCUUGUGGCGCGCCGGCUGCAUUGCUAUCGUCGCAUCCACAUUCGUGUUCCUUGCUUGUGAGGCAUACCAGGAUGGCCAUCGUUUGGGGCGAUGGGACCGAUGGUACAUCAAACUCUUUCCUAAUAAGCAGGGCUCCAUCAAAAGAAUGAAUACAAUGGAACAGCGCAUGCGAGAGAGGGAAUUUAUUCCGAUGUGGGAGUUCAUUUCGAUGAGUCCUGUCACCUUCGUCUAUGCUGUUGCAAGAGCAUACAUCGUCGUCGAGGUUUUCGUCAGCUUGAGAUCUUUACCAGUGAGAGCAUUCAAUUCGGUGGAAUGGUCGGAAUUCAUACCGCAUUUCUGA